CCCACCCCAGCUGCAUAGGCACCAGUGGUGUGACAGUAGUUGGGCCUGGCCUGGUUCAUGUGCGCUGAGGGCUGGAAACGCAGCUCCUUUUUGCUUUCUGUGUGGGGCCAGCUGCCCCUUGUAGGCUACACUCACCUAUCAGUAAACAUGGCUCCUCAGGGCUCUGUUGGCCUCAUUCUGUGCUUCUGCUGGUCCUUGAGGAUAGACGGGAUUGAGAAAGUGGGUGACUCACUCAGGAACAGGGUGCAGCUUACACUAGACACAUAGCUGCUGGUGAGAGAACAGAAGCCAUGCCCUAGAGGCUGGUGGGGAGGAGACCCUUUCGGUGGUCUUUCUGGGCACACCAUGUGCCACAGUCUGAGACGGUAGAACUCUGGAAACACCACGUGCCAGUUGCACAGCCUGAGAUAGUAGAACUCAGUGCCUUGCUCCCCCACCAGCCCCCCCCCCCAGCCCUCAUGGCCUCCCCCGCGAAGUGCCCCUGUGUUUCAGGCCCCACUGAGGCUUUCUCCCGGGACAAUGGCGGCCCUUCACAGUACUCCAGACUCCCCAGCUACCCAGCUGGAGCCAGCAGAAGAUGGGGCAGAAUGUGGUGCUGACCCUGAGGAGGAGGAGGAAGAUGAGGAGGAGGAAGAGGAGGAGAGAGAGGAGGCAGAGGUGGACGAAGAGCCGGGAGAGGUAGUAGAAGAAGAGGAAAUGGCCACACAGGUACAGGAAGAGGUGGCAGAGGCGGAGGUGAAGGCCAACUCAGAGCACAGUGGUGGUGGUGAUGAUGACGAUGACGAUGAUGAUGACGACGGUGUGGAGGAGGUGCCGGCAGAGGAGCAGAGGCUGAGCGCAGGGACCCAGGAGCGGCUCGAGCCACCGGUUCUUCAAGGAAAAGCUCUGCAGGCUUCCCAGGUGUCUCCCACGGCUCAGGAUGAAGAUCUGGAGGAAGAGGAGGAAGAAGAGGAGGAUGAGCAUUUCCUGACCCAGGGGUUGGUGACCUUUGAAGACGUGGCUGUGUACUUCUCAUUGGAGGAGUGGGAGAGGCUGGAUGUGGGCCAGCGGGACCUCUACCGGGAAGUGAUGCAGGAGAAUUACGGAAUCCUGGUCUCCCUGGGAUACCCAAUCCCUAAGCCGGAUCUGAUCUUCCACCUUGAACAAGGAGAGGAACCGUGGGUCCCAGACAGCCCUCAUCCCGAGGACGGCGACAUUGUCACUGGUGUCUACACGGGAGCCUGGUUCUGGAACGAUGACAUAGAGGACCAUGAGGAGGAAGAUGACGAGGACUUCCUUGCUGAGAUGGCAGAGGAGGAGAAUGAGCCACCAGGGCUGUGGUCUGCUGCCUACGGCGUGGGGGAUGUGCCUGGGACUUGGGGCCCUGACGACUCAGAUUUGGCACAGACUCCAGAGGGCUGGGGACCCAACCCGGGCAGUCUCGGUAUCCUGGCAGAAGAGUUUGAAGCAAAACAUUUCCUGUCCAGCAGGGAGCCUGGGGAAAACUUUCUGGCGCCCUGGGCUUUUCCUGCAGUGACCGUCCCCAUCGGACAUCCGGAGACCACUUGCGACGUGUGCGGCAAAGUGUUCCCGCACCGUUCGCGCCUGGCCAAGCACCAGCGUUAUCACGCGGCCGUCAAGCCCUUUGGCUGUGAGGAGUGUGGCAAGGGCUUUGUGUACCGCUCGCACCUGGCCAUCCACCAGCGUACUCAUACCGGCGAGAAGCCCUUCCCGUGCCCGGACUGCGGCAAGCGCUUCGUCUACAAGUCGCACCUGGUCACGCACCGGCGCAUCCACACGGGCGAGCGGCCCUACCGCUGCGCCUUCUGCGGCGCGGGCUUCGGGCGACGCUCCUACCUGGUGACCCACCAGCGCACGCACACGGGCGAGAGGCCCUAUCCGUGCCUCCACUGCGGCCGUAGCUUCAGCCAGAGCUCAGCGCUUGCCCGCCACCAGGCUGUGCACACCGCUGAUCGCCCUCACUGCUGCCCAGACUGCGGCCAGGCCUUCCGCCUGCGCGCCGACUUCCAGCGUCACCGGCGGGGCGGUGGCUGCACGGAGCCCAGCAGCGGCGAUGGCGCACGGAUGGCUCCCCACGAGGUGGAGAUGGCAGUCGCAACUGUAGCCACGGCGGAGCCGGAGGAAGUGGAGGCCCGGCCCGCAGAGAGUGAGGAGCCCAAGGGUGGCGUCCCAGAUGGAGACACAGAGGCUGAAGCCAGAGAAGAUGAGGAGGUGGUGGCAGCUGCGACGGCAGAGGCGACUGUCCCCAACAGCAAGAAGGACCUCGAGCCAGACAGGCGGUUCCGUGAGAUGGGCAACGGCCUGGCUGAGGGCGAAGGGCCUUCCUCGCACCCGCUCGGCUUCCACUUUCCCAUGCACCCCAAGUCGUGGCUGCAUCCAGACAGUUUCCCCAUACUGGGGUUCCCCGAAUUCUCUGAACGGCUGCAGGCCGAUGGGCACCUUCUCUCCCGGCCUCUGGCUGCCCCGCUGUCCUUACAGGGCGCGGGGUUGGCUUGCGACCCGUUCCGCAGCGCGGGCUCAGGAGGUGGGCCGGAUGGUGGCCUGCGAGCCUUCGCGCCCGCCGUCGGGUCACUGCUGUCGGAGCCCGCGCCCGCCGCGCUGGCGGAGGAGGAGAGCCCGUGGAUCUGUUCGGACUGCGGCAAAACGUUCGGGCGGCGGGCGGCGCUGGCCAAGCACCAGCGCUACCACGCGGGCGAGCGGCCGCACCGCUGCGCCGACUGCGGCAAGAGCUUCGUGUAUGGCUCGCACCUGGCGCGCCACCGGCGCACGCACACGGGCGAGCGGCCCUUCCCGUGCCCGGAGUGCGGCGCUCGCUUUGCCCGGGGCUCGCACCUGGCGGCGCACGUGCGCGGCCACACGGGCGAGAAGCCGUUCGUGUGCGGCGUGUGCGGGGCGGGCUUCAGCCGGCGCGCGCACCUCACGGCGCACGGGCGCGCGCACACGGGCGAGCGGCCCUACGCGUGCGGCGAGUGCGGCCGGCGCUUCGGCCAGAGCGCGGCGCUAACGCGGCACCAGUGGGCGCACGCCGAGGAGAAGCCGCACCGCUGCCCUGACUGCGGCAAGGGCUUCGGCCACAGCUCGGACUUCAAGCGGCACCGCCGCACGCACACCGGUGAGAAGCCGUUCCGCUGCGCCGACUGCGGCCGCGGCUUCGCGCAGCGCUCCAACCUCGCCAAGCACCGGCGCGGCCACACGGGCGAGCGGCCCUUUCCCUGCCCCGAGUGCGGCAAGCGCUUCUCUCAGCGCUCGGUGCUCGUGACGCACCAACGCACGCACACGGGAGAGCGGCCGUACGCGUGUGCCAACUGCGGCCGGCGCUUCUCGCAGAGCUCGCACCUGCUCACGCACAUGAAGACGCACCGUGGGCAGGGGGGCGCGCAGGCACAGAACACCUCCACCAAGGCCCCUGCGCCUGCCAAGGCAACGCCGCCACCCCCACCGCCACCGGGCUCGGGUUCUGGGUCCGGAACGCUGCUCGAGUUCGCGGGAGGAACCAGCUUCGGCUCUGAUCCCGCCUCGUUCGCCGGACCCUCGGGCACCUGUGAGGAGAGCGUCCUAUGAGACCUGUUGAAGCGCGCGGCGCCCCCAGCUCCUUAGCAGGCUGAGGAUUCCCAAUUUUGGUUGUCCGAGGUCUCUCUCGCCCCGAGCUUCAGAUCUCACUUGGGCGCGUGGGCGCCACCAUGAUCAAGAACGCCCCAUCUCUGGAUCUGUGCUACAGGGAUGUUGGGCAAGGCCACUAAGUUCAUCGUGAAUUCCGAUUCAGGUGGAUGGUAGAGCCUGUGGCUUGGGAGCCUGUCAUCCGGCUUUCUGACACAUCUGGG